CAGCGAAAGAGCGAGGGCAGCGAGAAAUUGCCGGCUGGGCUAGCCCUUUCCGAACGCCGUCUGGUCAUUCUUACUAAUGCACCUCACAACCGCGCGGGAAACGAUUCUUUCGACGUCCAACUCUCCGCGCGCAUUGCAUUGGAACCCCGUGAUUCACACUGGACAGCUGCUUGCUUUGCACUCGGUUGUGCGGACUCGCGCUUCUCUGACUCGCGACUGCUCCUGCUUCUGGCGACGGGCUCGCUUGCCUUGCUGGGAAAAUUUGCCGCCACUUCACAUCACUGCGACGACAUCAUGAUGCUUUCGGGUCGAUAGUUGUGCUGGGAGUGCGGCGAUCGCGUCUCUACGCCUUACGAACGUAGGAUUGGAGGUGGCAACCCAUCGAAGGGGCCGAUCGAUUCGGAACUGGUGCUCGGUUUAAACGACUUUCUAGCCUCUCGCCGGCUCGUUUAGCUCGCUAUUAUAUGCGCAAUGGGUCUUCUCGCCAUUGGAACUCCACUCGACUGGCCGUCCGCGAAGAAGGUCGCAAGUCAUGUACGAGAGUGGGGCAUUGAGCAAUUACUUGCCAUAUGGCGUCGAGCGAAAGGCAAGGAACGGGAUGCGCUCCUGUGGGGCGACGAGAUCGAGUACAUUGUUGUCGCGCUUGAUGACCAGCAGAGAUUGGUGAAGCUGUCGCUGCGGCAAGCAGACAUUCUGCACGCCCUCGCCGAGGAUGAAGAGCUCAUCAAACAAGGCGGCGGUGUGCCCGACCUCAAUGGCGAGAAGGCACCAACCAACAAGAAGAGAGCGCCGACCUUCCACCCCGAGUUUGGCCGUUUCAUGCUCGAGGCCACUCCCGGUCAGCCCUGGGGCAUCGAUUUCAAAGAUCUACUAGAUGUAGAGCAGGACAUGAAGUGGAGGCGGAAGAUCGCCAAGGAACAUAUGGAGGCGAACGAAUACCCCAUCACGCUCACCACGUUUCCGUUGCUAGGCGAUCGCAAGUCUCUCGUGCCUUAUUAUCCCCCUCAUGGCGAAAGAUUGAGGUCACAAUUCGUCCCCGAUGAAAUCGCCAAUCCUCAUAUCCGCUUCCCCACGCUCGCAGCAAACAUCAGAUCCCGGCGGGGGAGGAAAGUGGAGCUGAAUGUACCCGUCUUCCACGAUACCAAAACACCAUGGCCCUUCAAAGACCCAACGGUUGACUACGACCUGCAUGAAUUCCCAGAAGAUGCUGACGUGCGCAAUGGCGCGGCGAAGGACAACUGCGUCUACAUGGACGCCAUGGCCUUCGGCAUGGGCAGCUGCUGCCUGCAAAUCACCUUCCAGGCCAAAAACAUCGACGAGGGCCGCAAGAUGUACGAUCAACUGUCUCCUCUCGGCCCGAUACUGCUCGCCCUUACCGCCGCCACUCCCAUCUAUAAAGGCUUUCUUGUCGACACAGACGUCAGAUGGAACCAAGUCAGUGGAGCGGUGGAUUGCAGAACGCGCGAAGAACUGGGCGAAGUGCCUCUUAAGCAUGACAGGUGGCGCAUCCCCAAGUCUCGUUAUGCGAGCAACAGCACAUAUAUUUCGCAAGACUCGCGACUACGGCCAGAAUACCUGGAUCCCGAUCUCGUCGUGGACGAGGACUUGAAGGCCAAGCUCGUUGAAGGUGGAAUGGACGAUCUACUGGCCACGCACUUUGCGCAUCUCUUCAUCCGCGACCCGCUGGUCGUGUUUGAGGAAGAUCUCAAGGAGCUGGACCUCACCAAAACAGACCACUUCGAGAAUCUGCAGAGCACCAAUUGGCAGCAUAUGCGAUUCAAGCCGCCUCCACCAGGCAACGACACCGGCUGGCGCGUAGAAGUGCGCCCGAUGGAGAUCCAAAUCACGGACUUUGAAAACGCCGCCUUCUCCAUCUUCGUCGUGCUCAUCACGCGCGCCAUCCUCAGCUUCAACCUCAACUUCUACAUCCCCAUCCCCCGCACCACCGAGAACAUGGAGACGGCGCACAAGCGCGACGCCGUGCUCAACGAGAAGUUCUACUUCCGCCGGAAUCCCGUGAUGAGGCCGAGCGCCAGCCCCCAGUCCGGGAGGAACACGCCGGAGCCGCGACACGAUCGGCCUAGCCGGCCAGGCACGCCACUGGGCCCGGUGGAGGACGAGUACGAACUGAUGACCGUGGACGAAAUCAUCAAUGGCAAGGCCGGCGGCUUUCCCGGUCUGAUCCCGCUCGUCGAGUCGUACCUCGACAGCCUCAAUGUCGACGUCGAGACUCGCUGCGAACUCGCGCAGUACCUGGCUUUGAUCAAGGGCAGGGCGAAUGGCAGGCUGUGGACUGCGGCCAAGUGGAUCCGGCAUUUCGUGCGCGAGCACAAGGAUUACAAGAUGGAUAGUGUGGUGUCGGACGGCUUGGCUUAUGAUUUGGUUAAAGCGGCGGAGAGGAUCACGAAUCAGGAGGGGAGGGAUGGAUUUGCGAAGGAGAUGUUGGGAGAUGUGAGGGAUGAGAGUUGAGGGUUGUUGUUGUAGACCUUGCUUCUUGUCUUCUGUUAGACUGACGCGAUCACAUAGCGAGAUUGUCGCACCCGAUGAGGUGUUGUGGAUAGACUGUGGGAAGGAUGAUG